UGGCUUCUAGGGUUUUGGUGAUUCGGCCGUCCAGGACUUGAGAACUCGAGAAGUAGGGCUAAAAGUGUUCCACUGCCUUACACGAAAUCAUGGGGCGUAUGCACAGUCGAGGUAAAGGUAUUUCCGCCUCUGCAUUACCCUACAAGAGGACGCCGCCAAGUUGGCUCAAGAUCUCUUCUACUGAUGUCGAUGAUAAUAUCUGCAAGUUUGCGAAGAAGGGCUUGACGCCAUCUCAGAUUGGUGUUAUUCUUCGUGAUUCUCACGGUAUCGCUCAGGUCAAAAGCGUUACUGGCAGUAAAAUCUUGCGUAUUCUUAAAGCCCAUGGAUUGGCACCAGAGAUUCCGGAGGAUCUUUAUCACUUAAUUAAGAAAGCAGUUUCCAUCCGUAAGCAUUUGGAGAGGAAUAGGAAGGACAAGGACUCCAAGUUCAGAUUGAUUCUUGUGGAGAGCAGAAUUCACAGACUUGCUCGCUACUACAAGAAAACCAAGAAGCUUCCUCCAGUUUGGAAAUACGAGUCAACAACCGCUAGCACCCUGGUUGCAUAAUUUUCAGUUAGGGCAAUUGGUGACUAUAUGAUUCGGUCUCAUCGAAUUGAGUCAUCCAGAGAGUUCAGGCUGAUCAAUGAGAGUGGUGACUUGGUUUUUAUUUAUGGCUUAAGUUUUGACUUCAGUUUUUUAUUUUGGUAUUUAAUGGAAUCUGUAGACUUGUUUGGCCAGAUUUAAAAAGCAAACUGGAAAAUAUUUCGUUGCCUUGAUGCAGAAUGUUCUUUUUAAAAGGUAUUUAUAUAUUUUAAUGAUCAUUUUUGAGGUA